AUGAUGGAUUCUGAUGCUUUGUCUGAUGAGGAGUAUGGACUGACGGAGCUUGACCAAUUGAUUCAAGAUGAGUUCUUCGAUUCAUCAGAUUCGGACGAAGAAGUGGACAUGAUUAUGCUCAUGAGCAUGCAAGAGGAAAUGGACCAACAAGUGGAGCAUAUUCUCAACUUCAAGGGCUCAAUCAAAGGAAGAAGAGCGAUCAACCGGGACAGGGUGUCCGGAGCAAAACUACUGCACAUGGACUACUUUGCUCCCAAACCUACUUUCCCGGAUGAUCCAUGGUUUCGUUGCCAUUUUCACAUGGGGAAACCAUUGUUUUUGCGUAUUGUGGAGGGAGUGGAGGCACACGACGACUACUUCAAGCUCACAAGGGAAUGUUGUGGCCAACUCUCUUUGUCGACCAAGCAGAAGUGCACGACUGCUCUGAGGAUGCUUGCACUUGGUACUGCUGCAGAUGUCGUUGAUGAGAUGGUCAGGAUGGGGGAGAGCGCAUGCUUGAAGACUACUGUCAAGUUUUCCCGCGCCGUGGUGGAGGUGUUUGGACCUGAGUAUCUCAGAGAACCAAAUGCGCAGGACAUGGAGAAUUUGUUGGCUAUUGGAGAGACAAGGGGUUUCCAGGAAUGCUCGGAUCAAUAG